UCGCUGGAAAGACGAAAUACCGUAAUAAUACACACAAUGGCUGGAGUUUUAUUUGAAGACAUUUUUGACGUGAAGGACAUAGAUCCCGAGGGAAAGAAGUUCGAUAGAGUUUCUCGUCUUCACUGUGAGAGUGAGAGUUUCAAGAUGGAUCUCAUACUGGAUGUCAACACGCAACAAUAUCCCGUAGAUUUAGGUGAUAAAUUCCGUCUAGUUUUGGCGACGACGUUACGUGAAGAUGGUUUUCCCGACGAACCUGACUACACACCACUCGAUGAUGGUCAGCCAAGCCGUGCCGAUAGCUUCGAGUAUGUGAUGUUCGGCAAGGUGUAUCGGAUAGAGGGCGAUGAGAGUCUGACAGAAGCUGCAACCAAAUUGUCUGCCUAUAUGUCAUACGGAGGGCUAUUGAUGAGGCUGCAAGGUGACGCUAAUAACUUGCAUGGGGUGGAGCUCAACCAACACGUCUAUCUGCUCAUGAAGAAACUAGCUUUCUAAGGAGGUGGAUGACAAGAACACAAGAUGCCUGGACGUUAGGGAGGGGGAAGGAGAUGGAGAAGGGGAAGGGGAAAGUGUAAGAGGGAAGGAAGGGGAAGGGACAUGGGUUCAUGAGUCCUAGGAAAAUCCCACAUACAGUAAAGAAGAAAUACCCUUAGAGUAUCUACAUAAUGUACGUUCUUAAAUCUUCUAUUACAGCCUGACAGUGAAUGUUAUCGUCAAAUUGAGCCGUCUCGGGGCGAUCGUUACCGUUACACAGUUUGCACGCGUUGACACACUUGUGUGCAUAUUUACCAGACAUGUUUCACAAAAAUAUGAUCUUCGAUACUAGGCAGGUAUCGAUGUAAUCAAAUCAGAGUGGUACGUUGUUGUGCGACAGCAAAUAGAUUGUGUGAUCUCUGUCUUUUAGACCUGCAUAUACGAACAAAUUAAGAUUCUCUUUUGAUACAACCGCUACUCUGUAAUUCAUCUUGAAGUGAACGGAGUGUUUUCAAACAAUUUAAUGUGUUCGAUUCUGUUUGGGGUAUCGAUGGGAAUCCCUGCUUACCUAUACAAUUCAUCCGCGUAGGUUCUCUGCUCUUUAUGACCAUGACGAUUUGACGCAUAAUUGGGAUGUUUCUCAAUGCGUGCGAUACCGGUAGCGAUUGCCCUUGGACAAUACAUAUUGUCUUUAUUUCUUAUUGUGAUCACACCUUUCAUGUUAAGAAUUCUCUCGUUUAAAUCUACUCUUUUUUGAGGUCUUAAACCUCCUUGCGGCAUGUCCAUAUGAAUUAUGUUAAAACUCACAUUUUCAUCCAUCAUAAUUUCUUUGUGAGAUUGCAACACAGAUUCCAACUUUGAAACAAAUGCCUCGUUCUUUAAUUGAUCACGCCUUAUAAAAGGUAAACUCAUUGGUUUGUCCAACUGUGGAGCAUUGAAAGCUAAUCUAACCAUAUCGUUAUCUUUGGCACCCACCAACAUAUCUUCAAACAUACCAUUUAUUUGAGGAAUCAUGUCGAUCUGAGGACCAUUAUUCUCUUUGGGUUGAAAUGACACAGAAUAGUCUCUAACCUUCGUUUUGUACUUCUUGUACUUUUCACUGACUUUAGUAACAUUGUACAUCAUUUAUCCACCAACCCUCACUGGCAAUGGAUUCUCCUCCUCCUCCUCCUCCUCCUCCCUCCUCCACCCGAUUCCUCUUUUGAUGCAUUGAUGAACUGCCAACAUUUUUCUCCAGUUGGUCCCACUGCAUGGCUUGUAGAGGGUCCCGAGACAUAACUCGUAGACGGUCCUGCAGCAUAACUCAUAGAAGGUCCUUGUAUAUCGUUGAAUGCUUUUAAAUGGUCGUCAUUUUCUUUAUUAUAAAAAUUAUAUGGGAGGGAUGCUACCUAAAGCUCAUUUACUUUGUCAACAAUUUAGACUUGACGUGUUUCAAUACAUGUGUGCCUUUUUUAGCGUGUACUGAAAAAAUUCCACCUCUUCGGCCACACAGUAAUCCUGUGCGCAUUCAAACAUCAAUGCGCUAUUAUAUACGACAUCAAACAAAUCCAUGAAUUGUUGUUGUUUUAGUCCUAACACUGCUCUUUUGAAAUAUUUAUCAACCCGCUCCUGCCAUAACAUCCAAAGGCAAUCCCCGUGAUCCUUUUGAGCCGGACAGUCAUUUUGGCAUCCCUCGCACAUUUCAAUGACAAGUCUGUUUAUGCUGCUCGCUAAAGCUUUUUUAACCAUUAGUACAGGACAUACCGGUAUUGAGUUUUCUACUUUGCUUUGCUCCUUCUCCCCAAUCUCCUCAUCCACCAUGCCGUUGCUCUCCUCCUCCUCUCCUCCACCUCCUCCUCCUCCUCCUCCUCUUCGUCAUCAUCAAUGACGAAUAACUCUCCUUCUUCAUAUGAGAGGACACGCUUAAUGUCACCCACAACACCCAUUCCUCUAUCCAGCUAAGGCUUUGCAGUAUCGCAUACAGAUGGCGCCAUACAAUCAUGUAUUCGUGGUUGCUGGACAACGUGUGGGGUCAACUGUCAUAGUCUCUAAUGUUUAUGUAUGGAACACCCCUAAAAUUUACAUCACAGCUUGGACUGGACUCCAUUUUGUUGUUUUCUCUAGGAUAUUGUUGUAUAUUGGUACUAACAAGCUGACUCCUCCAGUGGUUAUGGUAACAACAUUGUCAUGCCAUUUUCUAUACAUUUGACCUUCAUUUAGGCCACACCCAUUUUGAUGUCGAUAUCAUCCCGAGUUCGACCAAUCAACACUAAACCCACAUUUUGCAAAGGCAUAUAUCCUCAUUAUCUAAUCCUCACCCCAUGUUAUGUAAUUGUUACCAGUAUCAUCCGGUCCUCGAACACUAAUCCCACAUUUUGCCAAGUCAUAUUUCCUCUUUAUCUAAUCCUAUCCCCAAGUUCUUUAAUUACUACCUGUACGUUUCGGUUACUAAUCCCUUAAUCUGGUCAUGUGACUGGAAACGCCCUAUCCAGACUAAUCUUACUACUGGGGGAGCGGUCAAAGGACCAAACAACACUGUACAGAGAGAGAUAUGUUUUCCAAUCGUUUUUGGAUUUUGAUCUUCUUGUCUACCGUAGGUAAUAAGGCUUAGUCUUUAAUAGGUUAAUAAAUGAGCAUUAGACUCUUCAAUUUUAAGUUCAUAAUUAGAACUGGAUUUAGAACUUCAGUUGAUUUUUGUUAAAACCGAAGACAAGAACAGCUUUGGAGGUGCAAGUCAUGAUUGAUGAAGCACUGUACCAAAUGGUACUUUCUUUUUUAAAGCAGACUUUUGUCUGUGAAUCAUACACCUAAAUAUAAACCUGUCCCUAUAUAAAGCAAUCAGUAUGCAUGCUACCCAGGACAAGGGUUUGGAAUCAAAGACUAGGCAAAUACUUGUUUGUGUGUUGUCAUGGUUCAGGUACCUCUUUUUUCUCCAAAAUCGAAAGCAAAAAAAGAUGACAAAAUACCUGACUUGCUGGAACAAAAAGCUUGUCAUGGGAAUUUCUCACUCAUUGAAACUAUUCAACAAACACUUUUUAUAUUAAAUGCAUUUCCCACCAAAUAUGUAUGUUUUCAAGUAAUUUCUGAUGAGACAUAUAUUAUAUCAGUGAGUUUGAUCUUAGAUGCUGUUAUGUUCUUAUUGUGGCAUAGGAUGGUAAUAGAUCUUAAUCUUUUGGAGAUAUGUACUUUUCAUUGAGAGGUGUUUAAGAAACCAUGAACCAUUUAGUGUUUUGAUUAAAAAUCAUCCUUUCUACUGUUCACAAUCAUUGUAGCGCAUGACAAACAUGUAUCCCCUGCUGAUAACAAAUCCCAGAAAACCACAAAAUUUGGUACCUUGGAACUUUUUUGUGAAUAUGGGUAAAAAGGAUUAUGAUGUCCAUGAUGUUAAUAAGCUGUACCGUACUACUAUCCUAAUUUGAUCACUUGUAUAUAAUUAUUGUAUAUAUUAUGUAUUGGAAAUCGCGACGUGUGUCGACAUUUCUGAUGUUUUCUUUUUUAAUAAAUAUUAUUGAGAAAACACAA